CGGCGCAGAUUUCGUGCAUCGCACUUGCCGAGCGUGCAGAGACGCGUGUGAAAGAAUGGCGGACACGAACGACACAUCGGUUCCAGGAGAAAACGGCGAUCGGCAGGAAUCGAGCGAGACGUUCGUGAGAUAUGAGGACACCUGUGAACACUCUGCCACGCAGUGGCAGAAAACCGCGGACAACGAGAGCGGGAUAGGAUCCGAGAACAUGGAGGAACAGGAGGAGUCAUCUACAUCACGGGAGACGAUAAGUGAACUUGUCGAUUUCGCGAACGAGCCGGGAAAGCAAGUCGGCCACGCGGACGGUCCGACAGCGGUCCUCUCGGCCGACGAAGAGGCAAAGCGAGACGUCGACGAGGUCGACUCGUUCGCAACUGUGUACCACGAAAACGUGAAACAUGUGAGCGAAUAUAUAGAGCUCGUGUGCGGCAUGAUAAAGAGCGAAAACAAAGCCGCCAAAGCCGCCGCGGCGGACACGACAGAGAAGACACCGAUACGAGUGAUGUUCACAGUGAACGGCGGGUCAUCCAGUCGGAGCAGCUCACGAAACGCGAGUCCGCUGAGGAGGAAGAGGACGAAGAACGACCAGGCCCAAAUUCUCGAAAGAUGCCAGCUAGAUGUCCCAUUUCCACCGUCGCACAAAAUGACAGUGGCAGAGGUCUUCGACGAGCGGACAGAUCGGCCGCGGCCGGAGGUCCUCAAACAGCACUUUAUCCUGGAAGGUAGGAUCGACGAGGCCGCGGCUCUUCGUAUUAUCAACGACGGAGCCGCUCUUCUACGCUCGGAGAAGACUAUGAUAGACAUCGAGGCUCCGGUCACCGUGUGCGGCGACAUUCACGGGCAGUUCUACGACCUGAUGAAAUUAUUCGAGGUGGGCGGGCCACCCUCCUCGACCAAGUAUCUUUUCCUCGGCGAUUACGUUGACAGAGGUUAUUUCAGUAUCGAGUGCGUAUUGUACCUGUGGGCGCUGAAACUGUGCCAUCCGACCACACUCUUCCUCCUCAGAGGUAACCACGAGUGCCGUCAUCUCACGGAAUACUUCACAUUUAAGCAGGAAUGUAAAAUAAAAUACUCCGAGAGGGUGUACGACGCGUGCAUGGAUGCCUUCGACUGUUUGCCGCUCGCCGCCCUCAUGAACCAACAGUUCCUCUGUGUGCACGGCGGCCUGUCGCCGGAAAUUCACAACUUAGAAGAGAUUCGCAAAUUGGACAGGUUCAGAGAGCCGCCGGCGUUCGGGCCGAUGUGCGACCUCCUCUGGUCGGACCCCCUCGAGGAUUUUGGCAACGAGAAGAACGCGGACCACUUCUCCCACAAUAGCGUCAGGGGUUGUUCGUACUUUUACAGUUACUCGGCGUGUUGCGACUUUCUGCAAAACAACAAUCUGCUCAGCAUCAUCAGGGCGCACGAGGCUCAGGACGCUGGAUACCGUAUGUACCGAAAGUCUCAAACGACGGGCUUCCCAUCGCUUAUCACCAUCUUCAGCGCGCCCAAUUAUCUCGACGUGUACAACAACAAGGCGGCCGUUUUAAAGUACGAGAACAACGUGAUGAACAUUAGGCAGUUCAACUGCUCGCCACACCCGUACUGGUUGCCCAACUUCAUGGACGUUUUCACAUGGUCGCUGCCGUUCGUCGGCGAGAAAGUUACAGAAAUGUUGGUGAACGUGCUGAACAUCUGCUCGGACGACGAGCUGAUGACCGACGGCGACGACGCGCUCGAGGAAGUCGCAGCCAAAGUCGUUGUCCAAAAAAAGAAUGGUAAGUCCCCGAGAGAGCCGACGACUUACUUGACGCCAGAUUUUUUCUUUUUUCGAAGCGUGCCAAAAAAAAAUAACCCAACGGAUUUUUCUUUUUGUAUUACGAUAUAUUUGUGAUAUAUAUCUUGAUCU